UACCAGAAAGAAAACACAGAAAAUCAGCGCAGCUCAGGCCAUGGACCAUCUGAUUGUAUUUCACAAGUCCUGUAGAAGCUUGGAAGAGUACCUACAGAAGGAUAAACAUUGCCAGCCGUACCUUCUUGCCUCUGGAACUUGCAAGCAAGCAGUCAGCGCUUACUACAUUGUGAUGGACAAGAAACUCAUUCCCUGCCAGGGAACUACAUCAUUGGCAGCCUUUGAUGAGCUCUUUAAAGUGCACUUCACAUUCAGUGUAAGCUAUGACAACUCUCUGAACAACAUGUACACAUUCCUGCAAACAGCAGUCUAUGGGAUUGAUGUUGACAGUACGAAAGCAAGUCCCAGAGUAAAGGAGUUGAGAGCCAAGUUCAUGAAUGCAAGCUAAGAGCUGCGUCUCUAAAACAAUGUAUACAUGCUACACCUGUAGGUUAUUGCACUGUGCACAUAGUGCAUUUUUUGAACUUUUGUUUUCAUUGUUCAGAUGUUUGUGAAGAGAAACCAAAGCUAAAAGAGAAAGCUAAAAACCAUCUUGAAAAAUGUACAGGUGUCACAUUUGUAGAUCAUUGCAUGAUGCACCCAGUGCAUUAAUUCAACAUUUAAAGUUUUUUCAUGGGUUAUAUCCUGGCAAAAAUUUUGUUGUUUUUUGUGCUCAAGAAGGGUGUUCAUUGGAGUUUAAAAGUUAUGCAGGUUUUAGAAAGCAUUUAAAUAGUUGUCAUAGUACAGGGAACAUGGCCUCAGACAGUGAAGUUGAUAUCCAACUACCACAUCCGUCAGAAUUGAAUGGACAAAACUCACAUGAAUACACUUCUGAUAUGGACUUGGCUCAGCCUUCAACAUCUUCUAUGUCAAAUGAUCAGGCAAAAAACAUGUGUGCUUCAAUUGUAGCAAAAUUGCAAGGUGGGGGUGUUGCAAACAGUGUUGUGUUGUCAGUAGUUGAAAGCAUGGAGGAGUAUGUCAAUGAAGUUCAUUCCAAUCUUAAAGAACAAGUACUGAGUGCAGUACCAGCUGAUAAUCCCAGCAGAAGUUCAGUGGAAGAAAUAUUUAAUAAUACUUUUAAUCCAUUCAGUGAGUUGAACACAAACACAAAAUGGACUAAAUAUUUUAGUGAAAAAUGGGGUGUUGUUGAACCAGCUGAGAUUCAUUUAGGAGUAAGAUAUGAUUUGAGAAGAAACAAAGUAUCUGGAAUAUAUGAGCAGGUACCAGUAAAUGACACUUUCAUUUAUAUACCACUCUUAAAAACUUUAGAGUUUAUUUUCAAGAAUGAAACUAUAUACUGCCACUUUAAUAAACAUGAUGCUCUAAGUGACUUGUAUCAAGAUUUUUGUGAUGGAAAAUACUAUAAAAAUCAUCCGUUAUAUUCGAAAUCAAAAGAUGCAUUGCAGAUCCAAGUAUAUUACGAUGAUUUUGAAACGUCAAACCCACUAGGAUCCAAACGAAGCAUCCAUAAACUUGGUUGUGUAUAUUUUUCCCUCCGCAAUUUACCACCAUGGGCAAACUCAUCUCUGAUGAAUAUCCAUCUCGUUUCUUUGUUCCAUUCCCAAGAUGCAAAAAAAUAUGGUAUAGACAAAAUACUUGAUCCUUUUGUAAAUGAUGUAAAGUUAUUAGAGCAUACUGGAAUGAAAGUGUCAUUUUCUGAACAACCUCUCUAUGGUACUAUUGCACAAGUAACAGGUGACAAUUUAGGUUUGAACUCUAUCCUGGGUUUUGUGGAAUCCUUCAGUGCUAAAUACUACUGCAGAACAUGACUUAUUGAUGGUGCAUCGGCUCAGUCAGUCUUCAGCGAAAAUGAUCCACGAAUUACAUUGCGUACAAAAAUAAUCAGUGAGGAACAUUAUAAUUACCUUGUUGAUAAUCCAAGGGAAAAUUCUUGUUUUGGGAUUAAGCGCAAUAGUAUAUUUAAUUCAUUGUCAUACUUCAGUGUUUCAGAUAACCAUGUCUUUGACAUAAUGCAUGACAUCUUAGAAGGUGUAGCACAGUGUGAAAUACGAUUAUUAUUUGAAUAUUUAAACAAAAACCUUAUUUCUCAUGAAAACAUACUCCAGCGUGUAUAUGCAUUCAAUUAUGGCUUCAUGGAUAAAAAGAAUCAUCCAGCACAAGUAAACCUGUACUGUACAGGCAGUGGUAUUGGGCUCAAUGCCAUCCAAACUUUAUGCCUCAUUCGAA